ACCAUACAAGGAGGGCUUGAUAUGAUUUAUAUGGGAAGCUAAUUACCCUGAUCGGUUCUCUUGAGAAAGUUCUUGUGAAAUGGCACCUGUUGCUUGAACUUGACAAAUAUGCUUGAGAUAGAGCUAAAUUGCCGAGCAUCAUUACCUUGAAUAUAAAAGAUUUGCCUUGCCUGUCACCUUUCACAUUGCUGAAAAGUGCUGUGAAUUGGAUUUAUUGGUUUUGCCUUGCCAUUCUCUCACAUUUUCUGAAUGUCUUGCACUUGCGUGGCAUGCAUCUAUGCUUCAACAGAUCCUAUCAAUGGAGGUUAGAAAGAUAAGAAAGCAUAAGCAAGUGAUACAUAUAACAAAAAGAAAAUACCUGAACAUGCAUAUGUUUACUUAUGAUAGGAUAAAGUAUAAGCAACCAGUAAAAUGGCUGCACAGGGGAGUAGGGGUCAAAUUGCAGUCCUUAAGAGAGAGAAAAAAAACCUGCAGUAAUCUUGGAAGCAAGUGACUUGGAAGGAUCUUGUAGAUGUAAACAAGGUCGAACCUGUCCACGACAACAAGGAAUCUAACAGGUGUAUGUUUAAGGAAGAUUUUCUCCGCAAAUAUUGAUAGUAGAAAAUGAUGUUCUUCUGAUCCAUAGCAUAAAAGAUGAAAUUGUCUUAGACUUCAACGUUCGUGUUGGUCCCAUAAGUAAUCUUUCACGGUACCACCUAAGUAUCUUCUUGUCUUUUUAUGAAGAAAUCCAUUUUUACUGGUGAAGUUCUCAGCUCGUCCGCAUCCAUGCCAUUUACUUAUACAUACCAGGAUAUAUUUAUAUACUCCACGUGCCUUUUGUGUGUCUCAACCUAGGCAGCCACACUCCUCCCUAACUUCUGUCCCUAAGCUAAAAGCCCAUCUCUCUUUAACAUGGCUUCACAUCAAAUAUCAGAAACUUGUGCUGAACAUAAGAUUUCAGUAGCCGAUGAAGAUGCUCAGAAAGUCCAGAGAUUGCGGCGAGCUCAAUGGCUCCGAGCAGCUAUUCUGGGAGCUAAUGAUGGUUUGCUUUCCACUACAUCACUAAUGCUCGGCGUAGGUGCAGCAAAGGAAGAUAGCCGGUCCAUGGUCUUGUCUGGACUGGCUGGAGCUCUUGCAGGUGCCUGUAGCAUGGCUGUUGGGGAGUUUGUUUCAGUCUCAACCCAGAGAGAUAUCGAAAGGGAAACUGUAAGCGAUUUCAGUUCAAAAAAUGAUGGAAAAGAUUCUCCUGGAAUCAGACUCGAUGUCACAGCAACGCUAGCAAGCAUGAAUGGAGAAGCGAAGCUAGAUGAUCUCCCUGGAAAUAUACAGUUUGCCAAGCUCAUCUCUGAGCCAACACAGAGAAGGUCACCAAGUAUGAUCCACGAGCCAAAGUUGCCUCCGGGUAUGUCUCCUGGAAGGUCUCCUGCAAUGAAAGUAAUUCAAGAAGAUGCGAAGAAAAGUGCUGAAAUAAUGCUGGAGGAUGACAGAGAAGAGGUGCUAACAAACCCCUACAAGGCUUCAAUUGCAUCAGGUUUAUCAUUUUUGAUAGGAUCUUGUGUGCCUUUGCUGUCUGCCGUGCUUGUUGCUCAAAAUGUUGUUAGUAUUGUGAUGAUUCCUGUGGUUGCAUCAGUAGCUCUGGCUUUUUUUGGAGGCCUGGGAGCUUAUCUUGGCGGUUCACCAGUUAGGAUAUCUGCAGUAAGAAUUCUACUUGGAGGUUGGAUUGCCAUGGCAAUUACUUACGGGUUGCUCAAGCCUUUCGAUAAGGAUCGUAGUUGAUGACCUGGAUUAUUUCCAUCAUUAUUGUAAGAGAAGCUGCUUGGAAAAACAGAAAAAAGGUUUUGGUUUUUCAUAUAAAGACAAAGCUUUCGAUUCUUGCUUGCUUCAUGCUAGAUGUUUGUAUUGUCUAAAGAUACUGGUAUGCUAAUAAUACAUAAAUGUUAGACCAUUAA